AUGUCAACAUUCCCCAACCAGGCAGCCCCUAAUAACACUUCAAUGGCCCCCACCUUCUUGUUGGGGGGCAUGCCAGGUCUGUCAGCUGUACCCUCCUGGUGGACGAUACCACUCAUCACCAUCUACCUUCUCUCUGCCUUGGGCAACGGUACUAUCCUCUGGGUCAUUGCCCUGGAUCCCACCUUGCACCGCCCAAUGUACUUCUUCCUCUUCCUGCUGAGUGUGUCUGACGUUGGCUUGGCCACAGCCCUGAUGCCCACCCUGCUGGGUCUUUCCUUUGCUGGUGUCCAUGCUGUCCCUGCAUCAGCUUGCCUCCUACAGAUGUUCUUUGUCCAUGUCUUUUCUGUCAUGGAGUCCUCUGUUUUGCUCGCCAUGGCCUUAGAUCGAGCACUAGCCAUCUGCCGUCCUCUCCACUAUCCAACGCUCCUCACCAGCGAUGUUGUUAGCAAGAUUGGCCUGGCUAUCACUUUCCGAUGCCUGGGUCUCCACCUGCCCCUGCCAUUCCUCCUGGCCCACAUGCCCUACUGCCACCCACAGGUUCUGACCCAUUCUUACUGCUUGCACCCAGAUAUAGUCCAUUUGGCCUGCCCAGGAGCUUGGAGUACAGUCUACAGCCUAUUUGUGGUUCUGUCAGCCAUGGGAUUAGAUCCAUUGCUUAUUUUCUUCUCCUAUGGCCUAAUUGGCAGGGUGUUGCAAGGUUUGGGAUCCAGCGAGGAUCGCUGGAAGGCUGGGCAAACCUGUGCAGCCCACCUCUCUGCUGUGCUCCUCUUCUACGUGCCCAUGAUCCUCCUGGCCCUCAUUGACCGUCUCAGGGUGCCAGUACCUCAGCCUGCCCAUACUCUACUCUCCUAUGUCCACUUCCUGCUUCCUCCACUGAUAAACCCUAUUCUCUACAGUGUCAAGAUGAAGGAGAUUAGAGAGAGAAUACUCAAGAGGUUACAGCCCAAGAAGGUGGCUUGUGGUCAAUGA